AUGUCAAAGAAGAUGAUCACGUUAGAGAGUUCCGACGGUAUCUUCUUCGAGGUAGACGAAUCAGUCGUGCUUCAGUCAGUGAUACUGUCGCGUAUUGUUCAAGAUUGCGCCGGUCGUGUAUACCCGAUCAAGAACGUCACAGGUGAAAUCCUCGCGAAGGUGGUUGAAUACUGCAAGAACCACGUCGUUGUCGUCCACGGUGGCGAUUCUUCUUCCUCCUCCUCUGGUGAUGAUGCUCUCAAGAAGUGGGACGCUGAGUUCAUCACGCAGAUGGAUCUGCCCAUGGUCUUUGAUCUCCUCAUGGCUGCUAACUACCUAGACAUCAAGGGUCUUUUUGAUCUCACUUGCCAGAGAGUCGCUGAUGAGAUCGCAGCAUGCAAAGACCAUAAGGAGAUUCGCGCAAAGUUCGGCAUCGAGAGUGACUUUACGGCAGAGGAGGAAGCAGAUGUUCUCAAGGAGAACGCAUGA